UUACACCACUGCCCUUUACAUAGCUAGUAGCCUACAUUGUGGUAUGUAGCCCCAUUCAGAAUAACGGUAAUCCGGAUUUGGAAAUCUUAAAAAAAUAUAUAUCUGGAUCACGGUGAUGCAAACCAGUGUUGUUUUUGUUAACCGGCACAACAGUAAGAUGGACUACCUGAUCCUGGAGAACAAAACAUGGGAUUUCCAAAUCAGGAGCAUUCGGAUCCAGAUGAAACUUAUUGAACAGCCGGGGCCGGGAGACACGAAAAUGUACUUGAUCGGAGACAGAAGGAGCUCCUCCUUGGCGCCCUGUGAUUGGCUCUGUGCUGACACGUGACGCGGGCAAGCGCCACUGCGGGAAUGUUUGAUCUGCCUUGGUGGUCCGGUCAUCCAAAAGCGGGAUCUAAUAUAUUUAUUUAUGUUUAAAGAUUCCUCUGAAUUAGCAUGAGUGUGCAAAACUCGUACUAUUCGUACUAUGUCCUUCAAACACUAAAAUAAAGCAAUCCUGAGCGUUAUUUUAUCCCUUGAACAUUGCUGUAAUGCCCACUAAAUAAAACAAUAAAGUAAAAUUUGCUGAAAUGUACAAUCUCAGCGUCUAAAAUAAAAUCAUGCGUUUUCUGCUGUGCAUGUAUUUAUUCAGUUCGACUUUGUCCUUUUUUCGGGGGGGGAGGCACGACGGUCUUCUCCGAACUCUAGAGCGAAGGGCUACGGCCGCCCCAGACCACCCACGAACCGUUUUCUUCCGACGAGGGGGGACUCGCCAGCUGGGGUGGGGAACCGAGAGGGAGAAGGAGCCGUGAGUGCUGGGCGCCAUUGUAGCCAGCAGCUCCGUCUCUCCGUUCGGAUCUGCCAGUCAAGGCGAAGAGGAAAAAGUUUCCAAGUCGUGCAGCGGAUCGGACCGAUAUCUGCGGCCAGCUUGUCGGAUGGAAUGGAGACAUGAGGGUUGGAAUUAGCGCGUACGAGUAUCCCAGCAUGCCUGUCUGGCUCCAGUGGGGCAGUCCCUCGGAAUGAACAGCAGUAGGAAUGGGUCUGAGGAGGACCGGUGGCAGAGUGGGUCCAGCGGAGUGGUGGUGCUGGAGUCCGUCUCCCUGCUGGCGAUCACCCUGCUCGCCUGCCUGGGCAACCUGCUGGUGGUGGUCACCCUGUACCGGAAGCCCUAUCUGCUGACUCCCAGCAACAAGCUGGUGUUCAGCCUGACGCUAUCCAACCUGUUGCUGUCCAUUCUGGUGCUGCCAUUCGUGGUGACCAGCUCGGUGCGGCGCGAGUGGCUGUUUGGCGUCGUCUGGUGCAACUUCACCGCCCUUCUCUACCUGCUGAUCAGCUCUGCCAGUAUGCUCACCCUGGGAGCCAUCGCCAUUGACAGGUACUAUGCUGUGCUCUAUCCCAUGAUAUACCCCAUGAAGAUCACGGGCAACCGCGCGGCCGUGGCCAUCGUCUACGUGUGGCUCCACUCAUUGGUAGGCUGCCUUCCGCCGCUCUUCGGCUGGUCCUCCUUCGAGUUUGACCGCUUCAAGUGGACAUGUACGGCAGCGUGGCACCACGGGGCCUCCUACACGGCCUUCUGGGCCGCCUGGUGCUGCCUGCUGCCCUUCCUGGCCAUGUUGGCCUGCUAUGGCGUCAUCUUCCGGGUGGCCCGCAUCAAGGCGCGCAAAGUCCACUGCGGCACUGUGGUGGUGGCCCAGGAGGAGUCGGCAUCCAGGAAUGGCCGCAAGAACUCCAACGCGUCAACCUCCUCCAGUGGCAGCCGUCGGAGCCUGAUAUAUGCUGGCAACCAAUGCAAGGCCUUCGUCACUAUCUUGGUCGUGCUCGGAACUUUUCUAGUGACUUGGGGGCCCUAUGUGGUGGCCAUCUGCACAGAGGCCCUCUGGGGCGAGGGAAGUGUCUCCCCAAGCCUGGAGACUCUGGUCACAUGGCUGUCAUUUGCUAGUGUGGCCUGCCACCCGCUCAUAUAUGGCCUGUGGAACAAGACUGUGCGUAAGGAGCUUCUGGGAAUGUGCUUCGGCGACCGCUACUACAGGGAGCCGUUCGUCACGCGCCACAGGACUGCGCGUCUCUUCAGCAUCUCCAACCGCAUCACCGAUCUGGGGAUGUCUCCACACCUAACGGCUAUACUCGCGGGAGGGGGUCAGCUCCUGGGACACGGCAGCAGUACAGGGGACACCGGCUUCAGCUUCUCCCAAGACUCAGGUACAGACGUCCUGCUUCUGGAUGACUUCUCCUCGGAUUCACACCCUGCCCAGCACACUGGCAGCUCGACAGCGAAGAGGAGGAGCUCUGUGACGUUUGAGGAUCAGCAUUCCCGAGCAAAUGUUGGUUCUCCUCCAGUCCAAGUCAAGGCUGAGAUCCACAAAUCCCUGGACAGCUACGCCUCCAGCCUGGCAAAGGUGAUUGAGAGCGAUGCCAAGCUGCAGCUCUUUGGGGAGGAAGGCAUGCUGCCCGGGCGCACGGCAAUGCGGACGCCACGCUACCUGGACGGCCAGAGGCUGAGGCUGGAGAGCAUCGAUGAAGGCAUAGUCAAUGACCAGCUUGAGGCCGUUUGUGUUUAGUCAGUUUUUUGCUUUUUUUUUUUUUUUUUUAAAUUGUGUGGUUAAUUCCUGUUAUAUAUAUAUUGUAGUGUGGGGUAUUGUAUGUUUUUUGGAAACUUUUAUAUGUUCAUUGGAAAAUUGUACGCAUUUAAUUUGUGCAACUAAACCUUUUCCAUCAUGGUU